AUGAAUGAAAAGACUGUCUCGAGGCAAUCACUGUCUAAGAUGCUCAAACGUUUUACGUUUUUUAGUGCCCUUCUUCUCUUUGUCGGGUUGGUUUUGUUUUUCUACCCUCAGUCCGAACUGGGUUUGCGCCCAUGGAACGGCGAUAUGGGAUCACAAGCAGAAGUAGCUUUUGGUGCAAAACGGGAAUAUGUGCUCAGGAGAGACGACAACAAGGAUGAUAAGAAAGACGACAAGAAAGACGACAAGAAAGACGACAAGAAGGACGACAAGAACGAUAACAAGGACGAUAACAAAGACGACAAGAAGAAGUCAAAACAUAAGGAGUUCACCAAAUCUACAGGCUUCAAAAUUUUGGUCGCCAUCGGGGUUUUUGUCGCUCUCAAUGUGGUAACUAUCACUAUCCAUCACAUGGUGCAAAAAGUGAGCCGGUCUACCAAUCUGUACCGUUCGAUGGAUCAUGUUGUGUCUCCAUUUUAA